GGCUUAUUGCAUCAAGCCCCUGCUUUACAGUCUCUCUAUAUACUCUGCUGUUCUCAAGCCUACAAACUACACAUUUUCUUCACAUUUCUUGCCCAAGUCCCCUCUUUUCUCAGGUGAUUUGUAUACAAAGAUUGGAACUUUAUUGUUGAAUUGUUGUGAAGAUGAACGGAGCUGCUUUGGUGGCAAUUGUUGCCACAAUUGGCAACAUGUUACAAGGUUGGGAUAAUGCUACUAUUGCAGGAGCGGUUGUUUACGUGAAGAAAGAACUUAACUUGGGAACUACUGCAGAAGGGCUUGUUGUUGCCAUGUCGCUGAUUGGUGCUACAUUAAUCACGACGUGCUCUGGGACCAUAUCUGAUCGGGUUGGUCGACGUCCGAUGCUUAUACUGUCGUCCACGUUUUAUUUCGUCAGUGGUUUGAUAAUGUUAUGGUCUCCCAACAUUUAUACACUACUUUUAGCAAGACUUUUGGAUGGAUUCGGUGUAGGUUUGGCUGUUACUUUAGUUCCGCUCUAUAUCUCUGAGACUGCUCCAUCUGAGAUAAGGGGAUUGUUGAACACCCUACCACAAUUUUUGGGUUCUGCUGGAAUGUUUUUUGCGUAUUGUAUGGUUUUUGGAAUGUCACUCAUGGACUCACCAAGUUGGCGAUUAAUGCUAGGGGUUCUUUCUGCCCCCUCUAUUGUAUAUUUCUUAUUAGUUGUACUAUAUUUACCUGAAUCUCCUCGAUGGCUUGUGAGUAAAGGAAAGAUGACCGAGGCUAAACGAGUCUUGCAGAAACUGCGGGGCAGAGAAGAUGUUUCAGCUGAGAUGGCUUUGCUAGUUGAAGGUCUGGCAGUUGGUGGUGAUGCAUCCUUUGAAGAAUACAUUAUAGGCCCAGUCAAUGACCUUACUGAGGAUCAAGAUCCAGAGGCAGAAAAAGAGCAAAUCAAAUUGUACGGACCUGAAGCAGGACUCUCAUGGGUUGCCAAACCUGUCACAGGACAAAGUGCUAUUGGUCUUGCAUCGCGCAAUGGAAGCCUUGUAAACCAGGGUAUGCCCCUUGUGGAUCCUAUUGUGACUCUCUUUGGCAGUGUCCAUGAGAAACUUCCCGAAACAGGAAGUAUGCGAAGCAUGCUGUUUCCAAAUUUUGGCAGCAUGUUUAGCAUGGCUGAUCCUCAUGCUAAACACGAACAGUGGGAUGAAGAGAGCCUGCAGAGAGAAGGUGAAGAUUAUACCACAGAUGCUGGUGGAGAAGACUCCGAUGAUAACUUGCAGAGCCCAUUGAUUUCACGUCAAACAACAAGCAUGGAUAAGGACAUGGGUGCUCCACGUUCAAAUGGCAGUGUCCUUGGUGUUAGGCGCAAUAGCAGUCUCUUGAAAGGAAAUACAGGAGAAGAGAGUAUGGGCAUUGGGGGUGGCUGGCAAUUGGCAUGGAAAUGGUCAGAAAGACAAGGUGAAGAUGGAAAGAAAGAAGGAGGUUUCAACAGGAUCUAUCUGCAUGAGGAAGGGAUUGCUGGGUCCAGGCGUGGGUCUAUUGUUUCACUUCCUGGUGGGGAGAUUAAUCCAGAGAAUGACUACAUACAGGCUGCUGCUCUUGUAAGCCAAACUGCUCUCUAUUCAAAGGACCUUAUGAAUCAGCAUCCAGUUGGACCAGCAAUGGUUCAUCCAUCUGAAACUGUUUCUCAAGGGGUGGGUUGGAGUGCUCUUCUAGAACCAGGAGUCAGGCGUGCACUGAUUGUUGGCGUUGGGAUUCAAAUCCUUCAACAGUUUUCUGGCAUUAAUGGGGUGAUGUACUACACUCCGCAAAUCCUUGAGCAAGCAGGCGUUGAAGUUCUUCUUUCCAGCUUGGGAAUUGGUUCUGAGUCUGCAUCUUUCCUCAUUAGUGCAUUUACAACCUUGUUAAUGCUUCCUUGCAUAGCUGUAGCAAUGAGAUUUGUUGAUGUUGCUGGCAGAAGGACAUUGCUGCUCACGACCAUCCCUGUGCUGAUAGUUUCACUUGUUGUCCUAGUCAUCGGUAAUGUGGUCAACAUGGGUACCGUUCUUCAUGCAAUCAUAUCGACCAUCUGUGUCAUAAUCUAUUUCUGCUGCUUCGUCAUGGGUUAUGGACCGAUCCCGAAUAUCCUCUGCUCAGAAAUAUUCCCUACAAGAGUUAGAGGUCUUUGCAUUGCCAUAUGUGCUCUUGUGUACUGGAUCUGUGAUAUCAUUGUGACCUACACGUUGCCUGUGAUGCUCACUUCGAUUGGACUAGCUGGCGUCUUUGGCAUAUAUGCCAUUGUAUGUGUCAUUUCUUGGAUCUUCGUCUAUGUAAAGGUUCCAGAAACCAAAGGCAUGCCCCUGGAAGUUAUUACAGAGUUCUUUGCUAUCGGUGCAAGGCAAGUCGAUGCUGCAAAAACAGAGUGACGGAAGACAGCUGAACCGUUUUCCAGUAAUUCGACGACUUCUUUGCUGAUAGGGCAGUGCAAGUCCUUGCUGUCAAGGAGUGGAGUGGGGAUUUUGAAAAUGCAAAGCAGUUAUAAGUUGGCAGGCUAGGAAUGGCACUCUCAUCGUACAAAUUUUGAAACUUCAGUUUGAAAUUCAAUCUCAUAGUUAUUUUUGUUCAUCUGGUUUGUAGUACUUUGAAAUAAAUACAGGCUUUGCCGUGUUUUUUGUGUUUUGUAAAUUCUAUAAUAUUCAGCCAUAUGUGCCUCCAUUAUCACCA